UGUUGCGAGGACUCUCCGGUUUCAGCAGAGUCACAGAACUUCACUGAGGUCAACAUAUCCUAUCCAGCUCUGAUCUUGCAUCUUCAGCCAUGAAAUCUCUAGGGAUCAUCUGUCUUCUUUUCAUUUUUGUAGCCAGAGGAAGCUGUCGCUCAUGCUACUAUUGUCACAACGUGGGAAAAGAUUGCGAUGGUUACUUAACGGAGUGUGACUCUCCAGAAGAUCAAUGCGGCACUGUGUUGCUGGAGAUUUCGUCAGCACCACUUUCCGUGCGAACCAUCCAUAAGAACUGCUUCUCAUCCAGCCUGUGCAAACUUGAGCACUUCGAUGUAAAUGUUGGACAUGACACCUAUUUUAGAGGAAGAAUCCAUUGUUGUGAAGGGGAAAAGUGUGAGGCCAACUCAUUCCCUGGACUGCCCUUCUCCCAUCCAAAUGGAUAUUACUGCCCUGGCGUUCUUGGUCUAUUCUCAGAGGACAGCAGUGAAUAUAAAGCUAUCUGCAAAGGAACUGAAACCAAAUGCAUUAACCUUGUGGGAUACAGAAAAGAAAGAUAUCCCGGAGACAUCGCUUAUAAUAUCAAAGGAUGCACUUCUUCCUGUCCAGAACUGACCUUGAGCAAUAGAACACAUGAAGAACGUAGAAACGAACUGAUAAAAGUUGAAUGUACCGACGCCUUCAAAACUGCACCUUCCAAUUAAUACUGCCACCAUUCUGGAAUCAGAAGGCCAGCAAUUUCAUCCAACAGAACCAUUGGAAUGGCUCUGAAAGGAAAACUGAUUCUUCCUGCUAACUAAUUCUUAGAAAUUAAAAAUAAAUAAAUAAAAGAAAAUAAAAGAAGCCAAGGGGCUGUGUUGGAUUGCC